AUGUCGGUCGUUGGUCCCAAUGCCAAGUCUCACAAAGACCUAAUCAAGUGCCUGGAGAAGAAACAGGCUAUCAUGGAACGACUGGCGGCAAUCAAAGAAAGAGUGACAAACCUACCGCUGAGCUGCUUGAGUGAAGAAUUUCAGGAGCAUAUCGGUAUCGUGCUUACAUAUUAUGACCUUAGGGACCAUUUCGGUACCAGCGACAAAGUGUACUUUAUACCAUACGCAGGGCGCCUCUUCCCCACCAUUCCGUGGGACGAGGCAAAGCUAUUUGACUUUGAUCCCAGCCCACGAAGAGAGACAUAUCACAUCCAUAGAAAUUUGGACAAAAUACUGGCCUAUCUUACGCCGAUUAAGGAAAUAUGGACAGAGCGGAAGUUCUUCGGGGACAACGUGCAGGUUGGAGAGGACUUCCACGAUGUCUACCACUGGUAUGUCGUCAAGGAAGCCGAUGCACAGAAAAAUCCGGAGAAAACACAUUGUACUCUCAGGGUCUUGCAGUACACGGAGCCAGAGGAACUUCUCAUGCGGAGUGAGGUCCUUAGCGCUUUGACAUACAUGAUGCACAAACUGACGUACAAGUGCUACAAAGAUCAAACCAUCUUUCCAGUUCUCAUUACUUCGAUCUUCCCAUCAAAAGUCCGUAUCUUACAGGUAUAUUUCGAUGGGGAAGAUCUCCAUUUUUCCAAGACUCAUAUCUACGAUCUUAAAGAAACUAAUCAUCAAACGUAUACUCUUCUUGCUCGGUGGGCGUAUCCUAUUCCGUGCGGAGACCUCAAAGCCGUCAAUAUUAGGGGAAAGAAACUAAGCACUGCUGUAAUGGAGCAGGUGGAGGACUGGAAGGAGGAGCAAGAAGCUAUGAAUAUGGACGAUUCGCCCGAUAAGUAA